CCGGGCCCGCGCUGCCCUGCCCCGCUGUUCUGCCCUGCCCCGGCCGCGCUCCCCGCCGGGCUGACCGCGCUCCCGGGCACCGCUGAGCCGCCCCCGCCCGCGGUGGAUGCCGCCGGGGAGCGGGCGGAGCGCGCCGCCGGGGAGAGGGGCUGCCGCGGCCGCCGGAGCCCACGUACAUGCGAGUGCCCUCUCCGCUCACCAGCAUGCUUUACUUCCAGAUGGUGAUCAUGGCAGGGACCGUGAUGCUGGCUUAUUACUUCGAGUACACGGACACCUUCACCGUCAACGUGCAAGGCUUCUUCUGCUACGAGGGCGCGUACCGAAAGCCCUACCCGGGCCCGGAGGACCGCAGCGCCGUGCCGCCGGUGCUCCUCUACUCGCUGACCGCAGGCGUGCCCGUGCUGGUGAUUAUCGUUGGAGAAACUGCAGUCUUUUGUCUACAGUUAGCUACAAAGGAUUUUGAAAACCAAGAGAAAACAAUAUUAACUGGAGACUGUUGCUAUAUAAAUCCACUGGUGCGCAGGACCAUCCGAUUCCUUGGAAUUUAUGCAUUUGGACUGUUUGCUACGGACAUCUUUGUAAAUGCUGGACAAGUAGUAACAGGGAAUCUUGCACCCCAUUUUCUUGCACUUUGUAAACCCAACUAUACAGCACUUGGAUGUAAACAGUAUACCCAAUUCAUCAGUAGCGUACAUGCCUGUACUGGAAAUCCAGACCUUAUCAUGAAAGCCAGAAAGACUUUCCCAUCCAAAGAAGCAGCGCUAAGCAUAUAUGCAGCUAUGUAUCUGGCUAUGUAUAUCACCAACACAGUGAAAGCCAGAGGAACAAGGCUUGCAAAACCCGUUCUGUGUUUGGGUUUAAUGUGCUUGGCCUUCCUUACUGGAAUCAACAGAGUAGCAGAGUAUCGAAAUCACUGGUCAGAUGUAAUAGCAGGAUUUGUAAUUGGAAUAUCUAUAGCAGUGUUUUUGGUUGUUUGUGUGGUAAAUAACUUCAGAGGACGUCAGCCAGAACAUGAGCAUUCUCAUCUGGAUAAUCUGACCCAGAUGCCCACGAUCAGCAUACCCAGAGUAGAAAGCCCUUUAGAAAAGGUGUUACCGAAUCGAGGCAUUAGUCACAGUCAAGAAGAUGCUUUGCAAGGAGCCUCCCUCAGAGCACGCAUCCUUAGGCUCUGCUCGUGGCUGUCAGGGACGGAGCGCCGCGAGCCCCUCGCUCCAAGGCAAUCGCGUAUGUGCGCAGGAGCCUUCUGUGCAGGCUGAGGGCAGGUCCACCUCCGUGCAUCCUGCUGCUCUGAAAUGCUCAUUUCUCCAGAAAGAGCAGAAAAUAAACUCUGCUGACUCAGAGUUGUAUGAUAACAUUAUUAUUAUUGUUUGAUCAACUAUCAUUUGCAUAAGGUACUACAGUAGUAUUUUUCUAUUUAAUGAACUCUACUGUGGGAAAAAUUACAAAAAAUUUUACAAAGUCCUGUUUUCAAAAAGGGAAGAGUCUUCUUUUAGGAUGAUGACGAUUUUUGAAUGUUUUUAACUGUAUAGAUAAGAGCAAAGUAAAAAAAAAAAAAUCUAAAAAUAUUUAAUAUAUAUAAUGAAAACUGCAAAUCACCAAAAGGUUAAUGUAUUUUUUCAAUGCUUUGACAUUAUAGCAUUGCUUAUCAACAGAAAUUAAUUAAAACUUAACAAAAGAUAUACAGUUGUGGAUCAUUUCCCCCAGAAACCUGCACUCAAGGCUUAGCCUUUGGCUUUACCUUUUUUGUUAGUAGUGUGAGAGCACAAUUAUGAUGCAUGCUUUGCUCACCAGCCUGGUACUGUCCUUUUAGAAUGGACGGUACAAAUGCUGGUCUGCCUGUCUGUGAGACUGCUGCCAUUGAGCAGACCCUCAGCAUUUCUGAUUCUUUUGAGAGCUUUAUGGAAAAAAAUUUCCCAUGAAAUUGGAGAAGCUGAGGUCUUAUGCAUGGUUUUUUGCUUGUCUUCCUGCAUCUGUGUGAAUCUGUUUGCUGACAGUAGUUAGUAUCUCACUCUGACCCUUGCCACAGCAAAUCUAAGCAGAGUUAAAAGAGUUGAAAUGUAGUUAUUCCAGAGAGAUGCUGUUUGUUUGGGCUUUUUUCUGCAGAGUGUCAGCAAGGCUUAUUUGUAGUUUUGCCUGAGAUGGUAGCAUGAAAAAGCAUGAGUAACCAGACAGCUGUAUGAAUCUGUAUCAGUGAUUCUUGCCGUCAGCAAGUGAUUAAUUUUGACCUAGUUAUGCAUCACCCUGCUGAGUCCAUUGGAAAUGAAUUGACAGGCCUUCAGUAGGGUCCAAAUCAAUAGGUCCAUGAUCAGCAGCUUAGCAGUUGUCUUUGAGGGCUUAUUGAGGAAGGAGGAUUUUCUUCUGUGUUAUUAUAUCCCAUGCUCUACAUGUCUUCCCAGGAUGGUGACCUGCUGGUUUUGGAAGUAUAGCUGGCAAGAGUGUGAGCCACAUUUUCCUUUCCCUAAAUAAUCAUUAUCCACUCUUGAAUUAAUGCCACAUGAAAGAGCAUUUAGUUCUCUGCAUCACAGACAAAUGUGUGUCACUUAGAGACAGGGAUGGCACAUAGCAGGACUUGAAAGAAUUUAUUGAAAUAAAGAUAAAUUAUUUUUUUCCCUCCAAUUCCUCAUUUUUAGACCAUCUUAUGAAAAAAGUGAAUAAUUUUAGACUGAGGAUUUAAGUUGACAGGAUGACUUUUGAGGUCUAAAUAAACAAAAUAAAUACUAUGAAGAAAAUGUCAUCAUAGCCUCACAGCAACUCCAGAGACAUUGAAUUUGCACACUGUAUUAUCUUUUGUAUACUCGAAAAAAUAAUUUGGUCAGCCAAAUAAAAUGCUUGGAGUUGUUUUUGGUUUUUUUCCUAAAUUAGGAAGUCUAAUUUUUCAUUUAUUCUGCAGAAUAAAAAUCUGCAAGCAAUUACAUUUGUUGCUAUUUUUUACUGAAAACUUUUUAAUAGAAAGUAGCGCUGUUUUUUUGGGUUUUUUUCCUAAUGCUUUUUAAAAAAAAAUCUGGUCUGGUUUAAUAAUUGUUGUUUAUUUAAAAUACAUAAAUUCUGUUUUGGGGAAGAAUAUACAUGAUGCUUGCUGUUAAAUGUUGAAGAGUAUUCUUUUAUGAAAGCUGGCAUAAAAUACAGCAAGAACAUUGCUAGAGCUAAAAUGCAUAUUGUAGGAGAGGUGGAAGAGACCUUCACCCCCUGCACACAGUACAGUUAUGGCACAGUGAGAGAGGGAGCAAAGCUGCCAGCCUGGCUUGGAGAUGGGGCCAUAAGGGGCAGCUCUCCAAUCAAAGCAUUUCUAAUUUCCUCUCUCUAAUGUGAAAAAGCAAAAAUACCUGCCUGUCUGCCCCUGCUAAGACUGAUAGACAAAUACUCAGGCAGUUUAAAGAACUGAGAAGUAGAAACUUACAUUGUAGACAUUGUUUCUCUCUAGCACUUUUUAUGCUGUGUUAUAAGGGAUUUUCUAAGACUUCCCUUAGGCAAAAAAUGGGAGGUCCCACUCUCCCCAGGUUAUCCACAUUUCCCUCCUCUUCAGCUCACAUCUCCUCUCUUCUGAGUUUAAUCUGCCCCAGGAGGCAAAGUGAUGAAAAACUCUGCAGUGCUUUGCUUGGUGUUUUACCCUCUGUGCAGUUUUGUGCUUGGGAACAAAGACAUGGCUUAGCAUCAAGGUUCCCUUUACUAAUUUCACCAUUGCAUGGUUUGUGAAAAAUGGUGGCAGUCAAGGUUACAGUGUGCCCAAAGGGAAAUACUUUCUCUGGGUCCUGCACAUCACUCUGUGGUUGCCUUCCCUUUCAGAUGUUAUCAGAGUCACUUGCUUAGGUUUGGGUAUAAAAAAGUAGCCAAACUCUUUGGGAUGCUGCAGGGUUUCAGAGUUGCACAUAGAAUGUUUGUGUUCCAAUAUGCAUCUCAGUGUUCCUAAGAAUUGUCCCACUGAAGGAAGGAGGAAAAUGUUCUUAGCUUGCAACUGGACACUAGUGAUUC